UAGAAACGUGAAUCCUGGGAUGAAGAAGCAAGUUGAACUCCAGUUUGUGCAGUGUUAGCUCUCUUCUUCCUGUGGCUGCUCUGGGCUCAUUAUGACGCUACUUUUGCUUGGGGCCCGGCUGGAGUGGGGGCAGCCGGACCGUGUGAGACGCGCCCCUCACCGUGGCCAGGGCAGGGGCCCCAGAAACCUACCCCACAGGCUGCUCCCUCUCAUCCGCCAUCUGUUCAUAGUGAAUAGUCACACGCACAGACAGAUGUGACUCUCCGUGUCUCCUCUCUAAGGACUCGGCGGGGCUGGGGGAGGGGCAUGUAAAUGGAUCCUAAGACAGGUGAGGGGUGUAAAGGAGGCCCCCUCCAGGGACCCAGGGGUCCAGUGAGCGGUGACCUCAGUGCUGAAGGAUGAGGGAGCACGGACGGGGCGGGGGGGCAUCCAGCGAGGAGCAGCAGGUGAUGUACCAGCACCAUCGCAGGUACACGGCACAGAGUUCUGGACUCGGGAAGGGAGCUCUCCGGCUGAAGACAGAUAAUGAUUUGUGGUGCAGGGAGGAUGUGAGGACGUGUCACCCAGAGCCAUCACAAGGGCGUGCUGUGGAGGGGUUCUCUGAAGAGGCAGCUGCAGGCUUCCCUCUGUGCCCUGCCCUGGGAGCUGACCCUUGUGGGUGCCAUCCGGAGACCCAGCUUGAUGAACCCCUGUGUGGUGAACACCCCCUUCCCAGCCCUGCUAGCAAACUCCGAAAUGUGGACUCUUGGGCAGAGAGCUGCACUAGGCGUCACACAAGACGUCUCCCACCUCCCAUAAAGCCUGCUUUCCCAGCUUUCAGGAAACCCAGGUGCCAAGAGAGGCCAGGCUCGUGUGUGAAAGGUAGGGGCCUUACUGAGAAUGAAACAGUCCCCGGGGGCCGAUGUUCCUCCAGCCCCGAUCUCCCGAACCCCCUGCCCCCCUGUCCCCCCCCCCCCUCUCCAAGCUGUCCAUUCGCCGCAUCCAUUACACCAGGAAGCUGCGGGGAGUUGGCGGUUUUCAAACGUGUUAUGAAGCCAAAGCUUCCCGGGAAGCACAUCGGGCUCCCAUGCACAGGGGACGAACACCGAGCUUCCUUAUCUGGGGGGAGAGCAGCUCCAGGACCACCCUCCUGGGCCCCCCUCACCUGCCCCCCCAGGACCCAGGACGCCCUCCCCAGGGAGCCCCAUGGCGCCUCCACCCACAAAGCUCAGCAUGCGGGUCUGCCUUUGAACCCAGACCCCCGUGCCAUCCCCCAGUAACUACAGAGCAGCUUGGAUCCGGAGCCUCUCGGAGCACAACCAGCUGGCAUUGGAGGGCCGCUGUCCCAAGCCCCGGUGGCACAGCUUCCCCCAGCGGGUCAACAUUUCUGAGCCCUCAGCUCCCCGGCUGUCAGGUAAAACAAUGUCGCCUUAGCAAUUACUUCAGUGAGUACUCAGGACCCUCCCAGAGUGACCGUGCACCACCCAUUGUGCCCAGUGCACCUCCCAGCAUGCCCAAUGCACUGCCCAGUGUGCCCCAUACUCCGCCCAGCAUGCCCAGUGCACCUCCCAGCAUGCCCAGUACACCGCCCAGUGUGCCCCUUACUCCGCCCAGUGUGCCCCAUACUCCGCCCAGCAUGCCCAGUGCACCUCCCAGCAUGCCCAGUACACCGCCCAGUGUGCCCCUUACUCCUCCCAGCGUGCCCAGUGCAGAAGGAAGAUCAGGGAAGGAAGUGGGCAUCCACAACCACACAGCAGGAACUAGCGGGGCUCCUGACUCGAAAUGCACAGCAUCUGCCCCAUUUCCAUGCCGCCCUCGCAGGCUGCUGCAGAAAGGACAGGGAGCCCGGCCUCCACACGCUUCCCCUGGAACACCCACGGCCUGGAAGGGAAGCCAGCACUGGGCUCUGAUUGUUUUGGGUUUUUUCCCUCAACGUUCAUAUGAAUUUUUCAUCUUCCUGACAUGUUCAAGCCUAUCUUCAUGUAGAAAAUACUGUUUCAAGAAACACGGCUUGGAGGGAAGUGAUGACUCCUGCAGGAGAUGCUGUGCCUUUGCGGAGUCCCGGUGCACCCCCGCGCCCCUGGGGGCCCAAAGCGACCCUCCACUGGGGAAGCACAGAAUGCAAAAGCACUUAGCACAUUGUCCCAGGCAACCCUGACGUAUGGGAUUGUCAUUGUCGCCCCCAGAAACCCCGCCAUCCCGAAGGUGACAGCUGUCUCACCCCCGGCCACACCACCGCGCCGUAGCUCUCUAUCGACUCCUGGAUGACAAUCUUCGUGCCUGCAAACAGAUAGUGCUCCUGAGUGUAGCUCUCAUAGUCUGUAGGAAUGAACUGCUGGAGGCUGUGAAGGGAUGGUUCUAUCCUGUUAGAGCCUGUGGGGCAGAAAAUAAAAUAGGUUCCGUGAUUUGUGGAUCGAGCACAAGUACACACUAAGCAGAGCUGGUAAGUCAGGAACAGAUUGGGCAGUUUUCCCACAGACAGGGGGGUUGAUGCUGGCAAUGACCAUGGCUUUAAACUGGCACAAACCCGAAUGAUCUGGGGUGAUAGGGACACCGAGUUCGGACGUGACAUGUUUGUGACACGACGAGAUGCCAGAGGAUGCCCUGGUUCCUCUCCUCCAUGGAGCGGAAGACAGAGAGGCGUGGCUCCCCUCCACCCCUCUGUUCUGAGGCCCUCUGUAGCCAACCAGCAGGAUGGCACGGACGAGCUGUCUGCAUGAGGACCUAGGCAAACACGGACCCGACUAUUUUUAGGUCUCGAAGUGAAGUAACAUUCCCGCGUGUUGGCUGGAGUGUGUUCCUUAAAUCCUUCCUACGACUCCUCUGCAAAAGGUACGGGUCACCCGAAGACGAGCCAGCUUCACGGUCCUGGGGUGGUUGUCAGAUGAACCCUGGCUAUUAAGUUACUAUUGCUUUAAAUACCCAUUAAACUCAUGAGCAGCUCUCGAAUAUCACAUAAAAUGAGCGGAAAAGAGCACCUGAUCGGGGCUGAUGUCAUGGAAGCACAGGUCGUGCAGAUUUUGCAGAGUUCCAGAAUAAAAAGAGCAGCGCGCGAAAAUGUCAGGAGUGGGGAUGCCAAGCACACGCACAGCAGAACGGAAGCUGCUGGUGCCAGUGGUGGGCAGGAGUUAGCAGCAAGGAGCCGGGGGGGAGACCCCCACGAAACCUGCCUUUGCUCCCUGAGGCUCGCCUGGGACAUUUGUCACCACAGGUGGAAGAUGGGCUUUGGAAAGGAGCUGACAGGGGCAGUCGGUUCACAUUUGAGCUGCUCUCAUCAGAAAUCUGCACUCGCAAAACAGGAGGAGGUGGGGGCAGGGCGCGAAUACAAGGUGAAGGGUCAAGGGUCUUUGGAGAAACCCAGUGAGGAGCGCACCCUCCGAGGCAGGUGGGGACGGAAGCGAUUUGGGGUGUCCCUGAUUAGCGCGUGCACCGGGCCAGAUCUGUGCUGCUGGUCUGCUCACUGGAACAGGCUCACAGAAGACCACAGACAUUUGGAGUCAGCUCUUCCAAAUGUUUACAACCGUGUGACCACGCCUGUUGAAUCCAAUUGUAAGCAAACUGACAAAACCCCCCAAAACAGGGCUGGAGUUUUGUCUUCGCAUGUGUUUUCAUUUUGGUUUUCUAGCAAUUAAUUUUUGUGGUAUUUUACCAAAAAGGGUCAGCAUGCAGCGGACUGAGAAAUGGUCUCAGAGCCCAGCGGAGCACAGGGACUGGUUUGUAGACUAGCAUGACGGGCGACCACAGCCCUUCCGGGAGCACUGCUCUUGGCCCCCGGUUCUGAUGGAGCGUGGGCUCCAGCCCCCGGGGGAGAAUUCUGCGCCCUGACCUAAAGGUGAGCUUUCCAGAGACCUGGGGCUUCACCGAGCAAGAACCUGCUAAUACAUACUGGCCAAGUCAGUUGUGAGACGUCAUCCUUUCCUGUCCCGCACCCUGGUAGUGGGGGAAGGAGACUUAUGGCCUUCACCCGCCUCUUGUUAUGGGAAGCUCCUGACAUCUAACACCACCAACCCAUUAUCUGUGAAUGACCAAAGAGGCCCUAGCUUCUCCCAGGGAACCGGAGGCUGACUGGGCUUUGCAGAGAAGAUGAAGAGGCAGAGGACUAGACCGUGGUUUGCCGGUAAAUGCUUAACAGUCGGUGUGGGGUGAGGGGAGGAAGCACCGACUUUAGGGUCUGAUGAUUACCAUGGUGUCGAUGCUCCCACCAUGGCCAUUUCCAGCCUUCAGCAGACGCCCUGGGGAAAACUGUGCACCUGCUGACCAUGGCGGGGUAUUUCCACCACGCAGAGCGAUGGACACCAAUAACCUCAAGCGCAUAGAUAAUCUUAACCAUCAUCUUAUAAUGUAACAAAAUAGGUCAUGAUGAGUUGUAUUUAUUACCUUAGCCUUUAAAUAUACCCUUGGCUUUUAUCUGAUCUAUUGAGUGGUAAGUUUUCAUAACUUACAUUUCAGUAAUGGCCAUGUUUAACAACCACCCUCAAAAAAAUCCCUGAAAUUCAGGAGCUGGUACAGGCCAGUCGGUACAAGGAGUCAGUCCAGGGCAACUCCUUUUUCCUCUGAGGUUUCGUCACUGGAGUAGGUGACUCGGAGCAGCCAGACCAGCAGGGACUCAUGCCAGCUCCUGCAGGCUUCCCUCCGUCACUGUGGCUCAGAUGGCUCCUUCCCUUCCUCCUGCGUCUCACCAGCUGGGGACUUACUUUUCACUGACCGCAGGAAAAGUCAAUGGGCUGAUUGGGAACGGCUCACCAGUUCAUAGGCUAAUGAGCUGAUAAGUCCUGUUUUCCCAAUCAACCUUGGACAGUAACGUGAGCAUACAAAUAUUGUCCCAUAAGACCCUUCCACGUCCUACAAAGAUACUUUGUGUUUGUUGCACAUUAAACAUUUUCACUUAUUGUAUCGAUGCUAGUCUGAGAGUGUUAGAUCAGGAUUUAGAGAUACAAAUGCCUUUCUCUGUAAACUAGUUUAGCAAAAAUAAACAGUCUUGAUUUAGUUGAGCUGGAACAUAAUUUUACCAUGUUAAAUGGUUAUAAAGGUUUGAAAUGCUGUAUCUUGGCUUUUCUGACAUUCAUCAUUACGUCUACCAUUUAUUACUACUGAGUCCCUCUGUGCAGAAAUGCAACCCACGUAUGAUACAGUUGCCGGGGAGAACAUUCUGGCGAAAAGCCGAAGCGAAUCAAGAUUUUGUUUCUUUUUAAAAGUUCUAGGGGCUCCUGGGUGGCUCAGUCGGUGGAGCGUCCGACUUUGGCUCAGGUCAUGAUCUCACAGUUGAUGGGUUCGAGCCCCUGCGUCGGGCUCUGGGCUGACAGCUCAGAGCCUGGAGCCUGCUUCGGGUUCUGUGUCUCCCUCUCUCUCUGCCCCUCCCUCACUCAUGCUCAGUCUCUCUCUGUCUCAAAAAUAAAUAAACAUUUAAAACUAUUAAUAAAUAAAUAAAAGUUCUUAUUACCAAAAAAUAUAACCAUUUGAGAUUUACAGAAACGCCAAAACAAAUUUGUGGACUUUGAUAAGUGCGUAAUAAACAAAAACAAGGAUUGCUUUUAAUGCUAUGCCUCUGCUCGCGUUAAGGCACUUUUCUACCACGCUUCACUAUAGGAACCAUCUAGAGUUAAUAGGAAACGGGAACUCUUGUCACGGAAGUUAGCUGGAAAAUGCCGUGGCCAGGGAGACAGCUGAGAAGGUGCUGCGGUCUGGAAGGAGGUUACCUCCUGGAGGGCCACCGGUGUCUUCCUCCCGGGGAGCCCCCUCCGGCGCGGAGCAGCCAUCCGGGGUGCAUGGUCCUUCCUGCAGGUGCUGGGACCGCUGCUCGGAGCUCAGACACGCGUCCAUGACCGCAGCUGCUGGAGACCAGAGAAGCGGACAGGCCCCCCGCGCGCUCAGCCCAGGCUGGCUGAGCCUCCCAGAGGCUCUAAAAGGUGCAGCUUAUCGCCUUAGCAUCUGCUGAGCCGCAAAGAACCCCUGCUUUUCAGCUUUAGCUCCCCCCGUCGGCAAAGCGGCUGCUCCAAGGCGCUGCCAUCCUGGUUUCGCAGAGCAAAGGAGAGGGGGACCGUUCAAACAUCACCCCGCACCUGUUCCGUGCAUCAAGAAACGCAAACAGAGCGAGCGUAGCCGGACAGGCACGACGUGGCUGGGUUCUAAACCACAUCUCUAAUAGCUUUUGGAACCGAAUCUUCAUGAAGAAAAUCUGAUCUAGCAGCGCAUCGUACCGUCACGGGUACCGUGUGGGUUGAGGGCUCAAUGACAUCACGGAUGAGAAGGCAGGAUUUGAACCAAACCCAGGGCUGCUCCCUUAGCGGAGGCUUUAUCGCCAGAUCUAGAAAGCGCUGGGGGCCCGAGCCAGGCGCCUGACCUGGCUCCCCGCUGGGGCGCUUGGCAGCCCACCUACCCCCCUGCCUGCCGGUUCCUCAUCAGCAAUGAUAGUAUCUGCCUGCUUCCUAGGGCCGAGGUGAGAAGCAGGAGGGUGAAAGUGAUGAGCCCGGAGAGGAAAACUACCAGGUUUAGAAAAGGAGAGCGGGCUGUUGCGAUCACUGAUGGGCAUCAAAAUAGUAACUGCAGGACGUGUACUGGUUCCAAGCCCCGCUCUGGUGCAGUGCAUUGAUUCUUCCAGUCCUGGCAAUAGUCUCUGUGAAGUAGAUGCUAUUAUUAUGCCUCUUCUCAGAUGCGAGCAGGCCAGGCACAGCCGGAUUGAGAGGCAGCCCGAGAGCAGGGGCAGAUCCGAGAGUCAAACCCAGGCCGUCGUGCAGCAGAAUCUAUCUCUACCGGCUUCCCCACCAGGCGGGCUCGGCUCGGGUUUCCCUGCCCCCUCUGCCCUGAAAUCACUCAUAACGCUCAGCUGUCACAGUGACACUUUGGAGUCCUUUGCACAAAACGUGAACGGUCUGCCUCAUCUGCGUUGACCAUCCUGAGUUCCUCUCUGCACACCCGAGCUACCCUGUCCUGUCGUCCCAGCUGGGGGCACCGGCUUACUCCAGUGAGCAGACAAAAUGCAAGAAAGCACAGCCCCCGAAGCAAAUGGCAUUGCAUCGCACACCCGGGACGGGCUGUGUGUGCCUCGCAUCAGUGUGCCACAGGGCUUCAGACAAAUGAGAUUCCUGCGAAAGUAAUUUAACAUGCUCCUUGGCUCUGCAAUCGAAUAACCAAAUAUUUGCCCCAAUUCUCCCAACUCCCCACGCCAGCCACAGUGCUCUACCGGGCUGUGCGUCAAAGCAGAAGUUCUUUCUCUUGUGGGUGCUUACUUGUUCAUUCCUUUCAACCUACCCCUAAAAGAUACUGCCCGGUUGUUUAUCAGUACACACAGCGUCUUCAGGGAGGAAGCCUGGCACCGUGGGGAGGUGCCCGCAUCUGAAUCUUGGCUCUGCCCUGUGCAUGAUGGGGGUACCUACCUCUUCUGGAGGCUGUGGUAAUUAACAGAGCCAAAGUCCUGUCUGUGGCUGAGGAGUGAACUGUCCCGGACCCUGCUUCCAGCAGCCGGAAACAACACAGGACUCUACCAAGAGAAGACAGAACAUCUAACUAGAAGGGAGGUGAGUUAAAUGCCUUAACAUUGCAUUUGGGGUAUUUAGUUGGGGCCCCAGGGGAAACCAGGAAAAACUCUUCCAAGAAGAAUGCAAACCAUUGCAAUUUAUUGCGUUGAAAAAGAAGGGGGCAGUUACAAAGGAAAGAGGAAAAUCGUGUGCUCAUUUGGGAAGCCUCAAACCCUUAAAAUAGAAUAUAGGGCAUGUAAAUCAAACCCUUGGGCAAAUGGGAAUCAAACAAGCACUCGCAAUUUAUGAGGGGUUACGUUUAGCCGGCGAGCUGAACGAACGGUGGUUUGGCUUGAGUGGACACAAUAGCCUAUGUUUAUUUUUUCACCCAGGCUUGGUACUCUCUUCCCUGCUAUCACUUUUUCUUUAACUCAGGUCUUCAUCUGGAUGUGCUGUGGUCCCAUGACCGCUAGGUGUGCUUCCCCACUCCCUGAAACGAGGGAGGUGACCUGGAGUCUAGCCCAGAUCGGUCAUUCCAAUGCUUUCGUAUUCCUGGAGUGGUCCAGGUCUCUGUGCCCGGUCCUUCUGUAACUUGUUUCCACCAAGAGUCAGCACCCCUGUGUAUGACAAAUAGCAAAACGGUGGUCAUCUUUACAAUUAUGUGAGUAACAUUUAAAAACUGAUUGGAAUACAUAUGAAUACAUGUACGUGUAUGUAUAUAUAUGUAUGCACACAGAUACUCGUUUGAUAAGCUUUAACAUGACGAAAAGGGCAAAGAAGAAAUAUUUUGAAAUCUCUUUUAAUCCCACUAUUUGGAGAAGUAAGCCUGAUAUAACAAUUUUUAUAUCAACUUCUAGGCUCUUUUUGUAUAAACUUUAUAAAAGCUAUUUUACUGACAAUGAAACUGGACAGAAACAGGUACGUCUUUGACCUUGUAUGGAAUAACCUAUUAUUUUAAGAGUUUCUUUUCAUACUUUUUUCAAAAACCAUCGACUGCAUCACUGCUUUAAAAAACAAAUUGCAGGGGCACCUGGGUGGCUCAGUCGGUUGAGCAUCUGACUUCAGCUCUGGUCAUGAUCUCAUGGUUUGUGAGUUCGAGGCCCACAUCAGGCUCUGUGCUGACAGCUCAGAGCCUGGAGCCUGCUUUGGAUUCUGUGUCUCCCUCUCUCUCUGCCUUUCCCCCACUCAUGCUGUCUCUCUCUCUCAAAAAUAAAUAAAAACAUUAAAAAAAAUCACAGGAGAGGGGAUGCCUGCCUAGCUCAGUCAGUUAAGCAUCCAACUUCAGCUCAGGUCAUGAUCUCACGGUUCAUGGAUUCAAGCUCCCCAUCAGGCUUCGUGCUGACAGCUCAGAGCCUGAAGCCUGCUUCACAUUCUCUCUCUCUCUCUCUCUCUCUCUCUGCCCCUCCCCCACUCACACUCUGUCUCUCUCUCUCAAAAAUAAAAUAAACAUUAACAAAAAAUUUAAAAAGAAACAAAUCA